AUGAUCACGUGCGAGAACCAACAUUUCCCUGGCCGAGUCGGUGGCGGUGGCGGCGGCGUCGUUGGUGUUUGGUCAUGCCUGCCUUGCGAGGAGCGCCGCGCCUCGGCUUUACGGCGUCCAAGUCGCGUGAAGCGGCUGUGCGUACGAGCGGAAAACGGGCGGCGAAGCUCGAAGCUGCCGCCAAGGCCGUGGCACAAGCAGACGAGAGCCACGGGACCUACCCUCCAGAGCUACUUCAGCAGGCUAAAGGUCGGCCAUCGAUCGACAUCAACGAUCCGCGCUACGAUGCUCUCUGGGCCCGCACGCGCGAGACGAUGGGUAUCUACCCGAUCCACACUGAGGGCAUGCACCGCAUUGAGCUCAUCCUGCGUGUAUUCGACCUCAAUCCGACAUACGGGCCGUGCAUGGGCCUCACCCGCCUCGAGCGGUGGGACCGUGCCAAGGCGCUAG